GAGCGUAGUGACGUUUACAUUACCUACAUUUAUGUAUUUUUGUUGAAUUUAUUUUGUCAUUUAAUUUAAUAUCGCCGAACUGUACGCAACGCAUAAAAUUUUUAUAUUAUUAAUUCGUUUGAAUAGUUCUAUAAUUUAAAUUAGGACGAAGUAUUCAAGAUGAACCCGUUGGCGCAGAUUGUUCGUGCCACUCGCCCUAUUUACAGGAAAUUAUCAACAACUGCAACAACUGCUUCUGCUGCAAAGCCAAUACCGACAACAGGCUUUUGUUUCGAAUUAACCGAUGAGCAGAAAGCGCUUCAGGAACUAGCGCGUAAAUUCACGAAGGAUGAAAUCAUUCCUGUGGCGGGUCAAUAUGAUAAGACGGGGGAGUACCCGUGGCCCGUUGUAAAGAAGGCUUGGGAAGUUGGCCUAAUGAACGGACACAUUCCAGAACAUUGCGGAGGUCUAGGUUUAGGAGUGUUCGAGGCCUGUAUUUUGAGCGAGGAGCUGGCCUACGGAUGCUCUGGUAUCAUGGCAGCGGUGUACAUCACCGAAGUUGGUCAAACUCCCGUCAUUAUUGCUGGAAAUAAGGAGCAGCAGAAGAAAUAUCUGGGUAGACUAAUCGACGAACCAUUAGUCGCUGCCUAUGGGGUGACCGAGCCUGGUGCUGGAUCCGAUGUAGCCGGUAUAAAGACGAGAGCGGAGAAGAAAGGCGACGAAUGGAUCCUGAACGGUCAGAAAAUGUGGAUCACCAACGGUGGUGUUGCCAACUGGUACUUUGUAUUGGCUCGUACGAAUCCGGACCCUAAAUGUCCGGCCAGCAAAGCAUUCACCGGCUUCAUCGUCGAACGGGAAUGGCCUGGAGUCACUCCAGGGCGAAAGGAACAAAACAUGGGUCAGCGUGCUUCGGACACCCGAGGUAUCACGUUUGAAGAUGUGCGUAUCCCCAAAGAAAAUGUGCUUAUUGGCGAAGGAGCUGGAUUCAAGAUCGCCAUGGGAGCCUUUGACAAGACUCGUCCUCCGGUAGCGGCUGGUGCUACUGGGUUGGCUCAACGGGCUCUCCACGAAGCCACCAAGUACUCGUUGGAACGCAAAACGUUCGGAGUGCCCAUAGCGAGACACCAGGCGGUAGCGUUCAUGCUUGCCGACAUGGCGAUAGGAGUGGAGACCGCUCGUAUCGCAUGGCAACGCGCCGCAUGGAUGGUUGACCACGGACAAAAGAAUACAGUUAUGGCAUCAGUGGCCAAGUGUCAUGCUUCGGAAAUCGCUAACAAGGCAGCCACUGAUGCGGUGCAAGUGUUCGGAGGAAACGGCUUCAACACCGAAUACCCAGUCGAGAAACUGAUGCGGGACGCCAAGAUAUACCAAAUCUACGAAGGAACCUCGCAGAUUCAAAGGCUCAUCAUAUCAAGAGAGAUCCUCACCGCAGCAACUCAAACCAACUGAUGUGUUAACAAAAGUAGCGUAGUUGCUAAAGUAUAAUAAUAUUGGGUGUGUAAUGGGAUGGGGCCAUCGGUUGAACUCUAUUGUAUUAUUUCAUAUAUAGAAACAGUCUUCCAGUCGAACGAAAAAAAAAAACAAGAGUAAAAACAAAUAUACAUUUCUCAUAUUAAAAAUGAUCACGUUGUUACAUGUAUAAUGUGAUUUCUUAUCAUAUGCAGCCCGUUUUAAUAAAAACUAGAUCAUGAAUGUUUGAAUGUAUAAAAUUGUUUUUGUCUUACAGAAACAAUGUUUUAAUAUAGAGUUCAUUACCCUGACUCUAUGUAUGACACAAGUCUGUUUUUCUUAUAGAUUUGUACGUUUGUAAGUUUUUCCAAAAGUUAUUUUAAUUAUUAUUAAGUUAUCAAAUUUAUACAAAGACCCAAUAAAAAUAAUGCAAAACGA